AUGGUUUAUUAUUUACCAGAGAGGGAGAAAAGCCUCGAGCUAGAAGUUGGGGGGUGGUGGUGGAGCAAAACCAGUCUAUCCAUCCAGAUACCCCACUUCGGAGAGAAAAUGUACCAAGCCUGUCUUUCCUGCCUGGCCCAGAGACUUGGAGACAGAGGCACCCCUUCUUGAAGGCUCAGGAGGAGGCCGAAGAGGAGGAUAAAUAUGAGCUGCCCCCCUGCGAGGUUCCACCCCUCAGUCUGGCCCCCACACAGUCUCUGGGCUCUAAGGAGGACUCCUUGUAUCUGGAUCGUCCAGGGCCCCUGGGUCCAUCCAAGCCGUCAGCACCGCUGCCUCAGCCCACCAUGGCCAGAGGACUCCCCACAAAUCCUUCCUUCCCUACCCACACUGCCUCUGGCUACCACUUCCCGCUGAAGACAGCAACGAGUCUGCAGUCUGCAACCCCCAAGCCGGGACCUGUUUCUGGAAGGCAAGGGCGAGGUGCACCUGCUAGAGUGGUAACAGACCUUGCCGAGAAAAAGGAUGAGGACAUCUACCUGGAGUGUGAGCCGGAUCCACAGCCAGCCUUGACUAGGACAACAAGCUCCAAAGCCCUGAUCCCCCCAGUCCCUCUGCCAAGAACAUCUGGAUUGCCCAGGCCCGUGCUUGGUCACCAGGAGGCUUGGAAUGGAGCGGUGGAUGCCAAGAUGAAAGCAGGACGGAGACUGUCUGCUCCCUCUAUAGUCCCUGCCCUGAGCACCUCUGCUGCCGAGGAUGGAAGCCUUCUGGGUCAGCCUUGGUACUCAGGGAACUGUGACCGUCAAGCUGUCGAGCGAGCCUUGCUUCACUUCCAAAAGGACGGAGCCUAUACUGUGCGCCUCAGCUCCGGGCCUCAUAGUUCCCAGCCCUUCACCCUGGCUGUGCUCCUCAGAGGCCACGUCUUCAACAUCCCCAUCCGGCAACUGGAUGGCGGGCACCACUAUGCCCUGGGCCGGGAGGGCAGGAAUCAUGAGGAGUUCUUCCCCUCCGUGGCCGCCGUGGUGCAGCACUACAUGAAACACCCACUGCCGCUGGUGGACAGACACAGCGGCAGCCGGGGCUUCACCUGCCUGCUCUUCCCCACCAAGCCCUGAAGAAACAGUGACCAAGCACAAGUCCACCUCGGGCCCGUGUGUGUGCCCCCUCGGUUUCCCCUCCCACGUUGGCCUCUUUAUGUCCCCUGCCAGCCCUCCACUCCAAAGUCCCCGCAGGUUUGAAAGGAGAGGCCUUGGGACGGGCUGCCUGGGGUGGGGAGGUUGCCUCUCCUUAGACAGACAGGGAGUAGGUGCACUGACCUCUCGGGGGUUUGCCACACUCUGGGUGGGACUACUUUACCAGCACACGGUAUA